GCAUGACACAAUGUUGGUCUCAGUCGCCAGAGCGCGCAUGCACGGCGUGGCAUAAUAGCGCGUCGACGCGCAAGGUGGUGCUGAUGUGAGGGGUUCUUCUGCCGCUAGAGCAAAUGUUUAAUUUUUUUUAUGGAGAGAACGUUCGAAGAUUUUCCGUUGUCUAAACACAAUACUGAAUUUUUCCGCUGGUCAAAAGGGGGGAAAUAAACGACGUGCGACCAUGUGGAUAGCUGUGGUCACAUGCGGUGACAUCGAUGUAAAUUAUGCUUAAAUUGUUUUGUAGAAAGCGGCGAGUUGCUCGGUUUCCGUAGCGGUAGUGGUGACAGCUGCGGGAGCCCGUGUGUGAGGGAGAGGGAGGAGUGGUGUGUGUGUCUGCUCGGUGGCGGUGUGGAGAUGGCAGCGGGGGGUUGAGAAGGCAGAUGCCGCAGACAUGCCUAGCUGGCUAUCGCCGUCUCUCUGUGAAAGGUUAUCGGCAACUGGUGUCUGUUGAAGCGAAAGAGCGCCUAAUAAACCUCGGAACCCAGAUCAGUUGAUUGGAACAUGUCAUCGACAGGGUCAGCAGCGGCAUCACAGUGUCUCUGAUCUGUCAAUCAAAUCACACGCACUGGAAUUACAUGAGUGGCGCGCGGGGUUGGGCGGAUGUGCCAGAUGAAGCAUCGCCGGCAGACAUGGAAAAAAGGUCAACAAUCGCCUGAUUUAAAUUUCAUGAUUUUGGAAGAAAGUUGUUCAUUAGAUGAUUAAUGCCAUUUUCUAAUAAUCGCGAUCAUCAACGAUAAAUAGUCUAUUCACAUCAAUCAAUCAUUUUGUUUAUUAGCCAGCGGCAGCGAGUAGCCUACAGAGAGCAGAGGAUAUCGCCCAUAUCAUUACAGCGAUACACGCCUAUAGGACUGUAAGCACCAAGCAGCGAAUAUGAUGUGCGAGGUGAUGCCAACGAUCACUGAGGGGGACUCUGGGGGUCCUCCCCGGGGUGGAGGGGCUCAGAACGGCUCGGACCCGGAAGCCAACUUCGAGCAACUGAUGGUCAACAUGCUGGACGAGAGAGACAAGCUGCUGGAGUCCCUGCGCGAGACACAGGAGACACUCAUCCAAUCACAGACCAAGCUUCAGGGUGCGCUGCAUGAAAGGGAUGUGCUCCAGCGUCAGAUCUAUGCAGCUCUACCUCAGGAGUUUGCCACUCUGACCAAGGAGCUGAACGUGUGUCGGGAACAGCUGCUGGAGAAAGAAGAGGAGAUAUCUGAACUGAAGGCUGAGAGGAACAACACCAGGCUUCUCUUGGAACACCUGGAGUGUCUGGUGUCUCGUCACGAGCGCAGUCUGAGGAUGACCGUGGUGAAGAGACAAGCUCCUCCUCCCUCUGGGGUCUCCAGCGAGGUGGAGGUCCUCAAGGCCCUCAAGUCCCUGUUCGAACACCACAAAGCCCUGGAUGAGAAGGUGCGUGAGAGGCUUCGGGUGGCUCUUGAGAGAGUGACUACACUAGAGGGACAGUUAUCAGCCACAACUCAGGAGCUGAUCAUUGUGAGGCAGAGGAAGGAGGGAGAAUCUUUGGACAGGAAUGAUGCUACCAAACCCACCUGGAAGAGGCUACCUAACGGUUCCAUAGACGCCCAUGACGAUGGCAGCAGGUCAGUGGAGCUGCAGGAGCUUCUGGAUCGGACCAAUCAUGAGCUGGCUCAGAGCCGUGAGCGUUCAGGCACGCUCAGUACACGAGUGGCAGAGCUGGAGGCGGAGCUAGCCAACACUCGCCGAGACCUGAGUCGCAGCGAGGAGCUGUCAGUCAAACAACAGAGGGAACAGAGAGAGGGGCUGGCGCAGAGGGAGGAUAUGGAGGAGCGGAUUACAACGUUAGAAAAACGUUACCUGGCCGCUCAGAGGGAAACCACCCACAUCCACGACCUCAACGACAAACUGGAGAACGAACUGGUUACCAAGGACUCUCUGCAUCGACAGAGUGAGGAGAAGGUGCGCCAGUUGCAGGAGCUGUUAGAGUUGGCAGAGCAGAGACUGGCUCAGACCAUGAGGAAGGCUGAGACACUACCAGAGGUGGAGGCAGAGUUAGCACAGAGGGUGGCAGCCCUCACCAAGGCCGAGGAGCGACAUGGCAACGUUGAGGAGCGACUCAGACAGCUGGAGUCACAACUGGAGGAGAAGAACCAGGAACUGAGCAGGGCACGUCAGAGAGAGAAGAUGAAUGAAGAACACAACAAGCGUUUGUCUGACACAGUAGACCGUCUGCUCACUGAGUCUAACGAGAGACUGCAGCUUCACCUUAAAGAACGCAUGGCAGCACUGGAGGACAAGAACUCCCUGAUUCAGGAUCUGGAGAACUCCCAGAAACAGCUGGAGGAGUUCCACCACACCAGGGAGCGUCUGAUUGGUGAGAUUGAGAAGCUGCGGAAUGAGAUCGACCACUUGAAACGCCGGAGUGGAGUGUUUGGAGAUGGAUCACACCCACGGUCUCACAUGGGCAGUGCCAGUGACCUGCGUUUCACAGUGGUAGAAGGGCAGGAUGGGCACUACAGCUCUGCUGUCAUCAGACGGGCACAGAAGGGCCGCCUGGCAGCGCUGCGCAACGAACCCAACAAGGUGUGUGCGGUGUUUGAGCAGGAAUACUCGUCUCUACGUGGCAGUGUCAGUCACCUCCUGGGCAGUGACGUGGAGGCUGAGUCAGACCUAGAUGAUGAUGUUAGCUCCGUCCUCCUGUCACCCAGCGGCCAAUCAGAUGCACAGACUCUGGCUCUGAUGUUGCAGGAGCAGCUGGAUGCCAUCAACGAGGAGAUCAGGAUGAUCCAGGUGGAGAGGGAGUCUGCUGACCUCAGGGCAGAUGAGAUAGAGUCUCGUGUGAACAGUGGUAGCAUGGACGGACUCAACGUUACACUCCGCCCCCGAACAAUGCCCAGCUCAGCCACUGCCCAGUCCCUGGCUUCCUCCUCGUCCCCUCCCACCAGCGGACGCUCUACCCCCAAACACAACACCCACAACGCCAGCCACCAGCUGGGAAUCAUGACCCUGCCUAGCGACUUAAGGAAACACCGUAGAAAAAUAGCAUCUCCAGUGGAAGCUCGUGAGGACAAGGCUACUAUCAAGUGUGAGACGUCUCCCCCCUCCUCUCCCCGCAGUCUGAGACUGGAGACCAACUUCGCCCAGCUCACUGGCAGUCUGGAGGACGGACGAGGGGGUAAAGCGAAGAAGGGCAUCAAGUCAUCUAUAGGUCGUCUGUUUGGGAAGAGCAAGGAGAAGGGCAGGAUGGAGGGAGGAGGGACACUGGGGAGGGAGGGACAGCCUCUGCCUGCCCUGAUGCCGGGAGACUUUGAGAUGAGCAUCGGAGACACCAUGACUCUGGGCAAGCUGGGCACGCAGGCAGAGAGAGACCGCAGGAUGAAGAAGAAACAUGAGCUGCUAGAGGAGGCCAGGAGGAGAGGACUGCCCUUCGCUCAGUGGGAUGGACCAACUGUGGUCUCCUGGCUAGAGUUGUGGGUGGGGAUGCCCGCCUGGUACGUGGCAGCGUGUCGUGCCAACGUGAAGAGCGGUGCCAUCAUGUCGGCCCUGUCGGACACAGAGAUCCAGAGGGAGAUUGGCAUCAGUAACCCCCUGCACCGCCUCAAACUGAGACUGGCCAUCCAGGAGAUGGUGUCCCUCACCAGCCCCUCUGCCCCACUCACCUCUAGAACGUCCUCCGGAAAUGUGUGGUUAACCCAUGAAGAGAUGGAGAACCUGGCUUCCUCCACUAAAGCGGAGAAUGAGGAGGGCAGCUGGGCUCAGACUCUGGCAUACGGGGAUAUGAACCAUGAGUGGAUCGGUAAUGAGUGGCUGCCCAGCCUGGGUCUGCCUCAGUACCGCUCCUACUUCAUGGAGUGUCUGGUGGACGCCCGCAUGCUGGACCACCUCACCAAGAAAGACCUCCGCACACACCUCAAGAUGGUUGACAGCUUCCACAGGGCCAGUCUGCAGUAUGGGAUUAUGUGCUUGAAGAGACUCAAUUACGACAGGAAAGACCUGGACCGUCGUAGAGAGGAGAGCAUGCACGACAUGAAAGAUGCGUUAGUGUGGACCAAUGAGCAGGUAGUGCACUGGGUCCAGAGUAUAGGUCUGAAGGACUACAAUACCAACCUGAUGGAGAGUGGAGUCCACGGGGCUCUCAUUGCUCUGGAUGAGACCUUCGACUACAGCAGCCUGGCUCUCAUAUUGCAGAUCCCCAUGCAGAACACACAGGCUCGGCAGGUUCUGGAGAGAGAGUUCAACAACGUCCUGGCCCUGGGCACUGACCGCAGACUGGAGGAGAGUGGGGAUGAUAAGACGUUCCGCCGCUCUCCAUCGUGGCGUAAGCGUUUCCGAGCGCGGGAGGGAGGAGGGGGAAUGGGCAUGAUGGCGGGCUCCAUGGAAACACUGCCCGCUGGGUUCCGUAUGCCCUCCAUGUCCAUGCCCCCGUCCAUGGCCCUGGUGCCCAGGAAACAGCUGCAACCAGAAGUUUAUUCCCAUGACCUGUAUGGACACAUGCUUGCGGCCUUUCGAGAGUGACAUGCCAAAUUUGGGAGAGAUCUUGACGUUAAGGGACCUGUAUCCAGCGUCACCUCUCACCUUCUCCGUGGGACACGUGCAAUUCGGAGGUGACCUCUGACUUUUUGACCUUUGAACUCUGAGCGUGCUCAUUGCCACACUCGCUGCUGUAAAGGAGACUCGGCCCAGUUGCUAUUCCCAGUAAACCCAGUACCCCCAGUAGCCUUGUUGUUGUGGUGUCGUGCUCCCGCAUAGUCCUAAUUCCUAAUCUGUCGGUUCUAGUCCUAAUUCUUUAUCUGUGGGUUCUAUUCCUAAUUCCUACUCUGUGGGUUCUAGUCCUAAUUCCCAAAUCUGUGAGUACUAGUCCUAAUUCCUACUCUGUGGGUUCUAGUCCUAAUUCUGAAUCUGUGAGUACUAGUCCUAAUUCCUACUCUGUGGGUUCUAGUCCUAAUUCCCGAAUCUGUGAGUACUAGUCCUAAUUCCUACUCUGUGGGUUCUAGUCCUAAUUCCGAAUCUCUGGGUUCUAGUCCUAAUUCCUACUCUGUGGGUUCUAGACCUAAUUGCUCAUUUGUGGGUUCUAGUCUAAUUUUACUCUAGCUCCUGGGUGUUUUCCACCUACACGUCGUCCCCUCGGUUAUGCAAGGUAUUAAUCAUUUAUUGUCUCUCUGUAAAUAAAAUGGAUGACAUAUGUUUUUUUAUAUAAAUAUAUAUAAAUAUAUAUAUUGGAAUUAUAUAUGGAGAAUAUUAUAAUAUCAUUGCUGUAUGAAACCCAAUGCCCUGUAUUCGGUGGUGACUGUUCUAUUUGUGUGUUGGACCUCUGUGUGUCUUAUAUGCUGUCAGUGUCUGGAGUUAUAUGAAGGACUCACUAAGCAGGGGCCUGUUACUCUAUGUGAUACUAAUACUAUGAUUCUCAGCCACAGGUUCUUGGGUCCAGACCUAAACGGUUCAGUUACCUUUCCUGCCUUUUAUCCCCUACUUUCCUUCUCUCUUUUCAGAACUCCUUUCCCAUUUCCUUUCCCAUCUCCUUUUCUCCUUUCCUCCUGCCCUUUCCUAUCUCCACUCGUUUCCUUCCUCUAUUUGACACUGAUGUAGCUACCAUGAGUAGAGUAGGUGAUCCUGUAGAUAUGAGAGGAUACAGGAUGAGCUGUGUGUGUAAAUGAAAGCAAUAGGCUCCAAUAUUUGAGACUUAAGGGAAACAGCAUGUUACGAAAGCCAAACCCUAGACUAACCUCCAUGGAUGGAUGGUGUUGUUUUUCUCUACUUCGUUUCAAAUCAAACAGUAAAUUGCUGCUAGGCAUCAGCCAAACGAAAAUCCUCACAAACAGGACACCUGACAGAGACAGUGAUGAUGCCAUAUAUGGACUUUUCCCCUGCCGCCCCUUUCCUGUCCAGUUGCCAUGGGGAUGUGAAAGUGGCCAAUGAUGCUGCCCGAGCACUAGCACGUGUUGUGUGUAUGACCUCCUCUCCUCCAAUGAGAGAGCUCUGUCAGUGAACUAGUGAAGUGUUGGAUGGGUGUAUUUCUUUUUAUUUUACAGCCAAUGUUUUAAAGGUGUCUAAAAUAUGUCAUGUGUUACUGUGGCAGCUACGAGUACUGUGUGUGUAUUUAUUCCAGGUGUGAAAUGAUGCUGACAAAUCAAGAUUUUAUUAUUUGGCUAUUUAAAAAGUGUAUUGUAUUUAUGACACUAUAGACAUAAGUAAAGCUGUUUUUUGUAAAGAUAAA